GAAGGAGCGCGUGUUUUGUCUUGCAUUGCGCAGUGACUUGUCAUUGUGGGCCUUUACUGUUUUGGAAAUGUAAAUGUUAUGCUUGUGAUGGGCGUGUUCUUGACCUGUAUAAAUAGAUGUGGCGUAAGGGCCACAUGCAUCAGAUCACAGGGAAGCGAGGUGGAUAUACGAUACGUGUGUAGUGGUCGUUCUCUGUCACGGUCUUCAGCGAACAACGUGCCUUUUCGUCCAAUUUUACAGAACUAAAAAUAGAAAUGCAGCCAGACAAGUUGCUGCAGGUCAGCAGAACCUCUUUCUAUGUGGCAGACAUCCUGGAUCCGUCUAAAUUCACUGGGAGACCAAGCAUUACUCAUCCAAACCAUGGUUCAAUUCAGAUUGACGCAGCGAGAGGGACCACAGGUGGGGCAGCCAUUACUGAACACCAAUCCAGAGUAGAGUUCCCAAGUGGUCCAGCAGCCAGUGAAUGCUCCACCACAGUGGAAUCAGCAAUGUCGCCGGUAGCGAGCGAGGCCCGUCCUGCAUCUGCAUGCCAUUGCCCGGAGAGGUCAAAGGGCAAGUUGCGGCGGGUCCGGACAGCGUUCACCCUGGACCAACUACGCAUUCUAGAACAUAGUUUCCAUAGCAGCCGCUACCUGUCUGUCUUUGAGCGCUACGCUGUUGCUUCGACACUCUGUCUCACUGAGACACAGGUGAAGAUCUGGUUCCAGAACCGACGCACCAAGUGGAAGAAAGAGUGUGAGGGGAAAGGGGUGCCUGAAGAGCAGCUCCAGUGUGGGGUCGGAUACCCCUCACCGCCUCCUGUCUAUCCUACAACCCGGCCACUGUACAACACUAUACGUUGUCACCAGGGACCACAGAUUCAACUAUUCACGCCACCCUGCUUCCUCGUUCCACAAUACCACCGUCGUCCGUAUUAAAUGAGAAAGGAUGUAGCCUGUUUGUUAGAGCUAACGUUGGUGUUUUGUAAGGAGAUUGAAGUCGGCGUUCACAGUUUAGAUACUGUAACCUGCCCUAUCCUAAAUGUAUUUGUGCAAUAUACUAUAGUCCACUGUAAAUGAAUGUAAGUAUUUAUAAAUGAGUUACUAUUUAUGUGCUGUUUGAAAGCCAGUGGGAAAACUAGCCAAGCUAUCCUGUAAUGUGCCAAAGGAUUAUCACUGUGACAUGUUGACUGAUGGGCUUUAUCUUUCUUACUGUUUCAAAGGAUGGAACUUAUCUUGAUACAUUUCCAUGAGCAUGAAAUAUUUUUGUACUGUACCACGAGUGUUCUUCCAAAUAAAAUAAGUCAAUCAAUCCUGCAUUUUAUUAU